CUGACGGCAACUGGCAGUACUAAAGAUAUAAACAAAAACAAAGUUUAGUUUUUGGAGACUCAAAGUUUGUAUGUACUUUUUAUGGAAAUUAACGUUUAAAUGAUUUUUAAACAUGCCUAUUCCAAAAAGAUGGCUGCAGUACUCAAAAUAUGGCAAUCAAAUUCCAGGGACUCGCUUUAUUGCCCUCAAGUGUCCUUUGAAAAAGGCGAUCUGUUCCAACCUGCCAGAGGAAUACUGGUUCACCCCAGAGAUGGUUUUGUCCGAGAUGCCGUCAGUAGGCAUGCUGAUCGACCUCACCAACACGCACCGAUACUACUCACCCCAGGCGCUGAGUGGUGUGCAGCACGUGAAAUUGAUGUGUCCCGGCCAACAGGUGCCUGGAAGUCAUAUGGUUCUCAGCUUCUUUAACGCCGUCGACUCCUUCCUGCGUUCCUCCAUAGACGGCCUUAUCGGCGUGCACUGCACCCACGGCGUCAACAGGACGGGAUUCUUCAUUUGCAAGUAUUUGAUCGGUAGGAUGGGAUUCAGUCCAGAGCAGGCGGCCAGAGCUUUCAAUGGGAGCAGAGGACACCAGAUGGAGAGAGGGGCACUCGUGAGAGCCCUUGAAGUCCCUCUAGAAGUCCUUGAUUCUGUAUUGGGUCCAGAGCCGGUCGACCUUUGCUUGGAGGUUAAGCUUCAGCGUGAAAUGAACGAGGCGCGAGAAGCCAGAGUGCGGGAACCGGGUCCAAGUUUUCACAACGAUCGCCAACCCCAACAGUGGCACAGAGACAUGGAGGAAUACAACCCUCACGAGAUUCGUUAUGGUGGUCACCAACCCCAACAGUGGCACGGAGCCAUAUACCAACAUGUCCCUCACGAGAGCAGUAGGAGGGAAGAUGAUCGUAUUGACAGGACCAGACACAGAGAUCAGGAUGAGAGGCGUCGAUAUGGAAGGGACAGCUACAGAGAAAUAGGCGAUAGAACCAGAGAUUUGCUCUACAGAGCUGACGGUCGCCCGCCUUGGUCUAGAGGAUACCACCAAGAUUCGCGGGAUUACAGGCGUGUCUACGGAAACCUGGAUUGGAGGCGAGAAAGACGGCCAAGAACAGAAAUCGAUCAUCGCGAUGGAAAAAGUUCAAGAGGUGAAUCUUCUUCUGCAGGUGUUUCAAACGACGAUGACUAUCGCAUGUAUCGCGUUCUCCAGUGAUACUUCAACAGCGUGCUGUCUCUCCUAACCAUCAAAUUCAUUUCAACUUUUGAAUAAAUAACAAUCAGCUUAUAAUUCAUGGAUAAAGAGAAUUAACUUUCGGA